GCACGGAGGCGUUGACGCAGCCUACUGCCGCUGCUGGACACAACACAACCCGACGUCGGUUACUUUCGCUACCCUCAUACCCGGUUGUCACGACCCCACGGAAGCGGGGCGAAGCGCGGGGCUUUUAUCGUGGAGAAUCCUGCUUCAAAAUAUGAUCAAAAACGGACACCACAACCACAACCAUAGGCACCCCCACCAGGUGAGCACGCCGGCCGGGAAGGACGUGGGCUCGACACCGGGAGCUGAAGCGUGUAGUCCCGAGAAGAGGAGACGGAGGGUCCGGGUGUGGUGCGAUGGCUGCUAUGACAUGGUCCACUACGGUCACUCCAACCAGCUGCGGCAGGCCAAGGCCAUGGGGGAUUACCUCAUCGUGGGCGUGCACACGGACGGCGAGAUCACGAAGCACAAGGGCCCGCCCGUUUUCACUCAGGAGGAGCGCUACAAGAUGGUGCGGGCCAUCAAAUGGGUGGACGAGGUGGUGGAGGGAGCGCCCUACGUCACCACGCUGGAGACCAUGGACAAGCACAACUGCGACUUCUGCGUGCACGGAGACGACUUAACGCUGACGGUCGACGGCAGGGACACGUACGAGGAAGUGAAAGAGUCCGGACGCUACAGAGAAUGUAAGAGAACACAGGGAGUUUCAACCACCGACCUGGUUGGCAGGAUGCUUCUCAUGACAAAAGCACACCACAGCAACAUCGACGCCUCCAACUACCAGCAGCACCCAGACAGCUUUGGGAAGGACUCCAAUGGUCAGAAGAACCACAGUCCCUGGACGGGGGUCUCUCAGUUCCUGCAGACCUCCCAAAAGAUCAUCCAGUUCGCUUCGGGCCGGGAGCCGCAGCCUGGCGACACCAUCAUCUACGUGGCCGGGUCCUUUGACCUCUUCCACAUCGGCCAUGUGGACUUCCUGCGGGCGGUGCACCAGCUGGCGGAGAAGCCGUACAUCAUCGUGGGUCUGCACUUCGACCAAGAAGUGAAUCGCUACAAAGGGAAGAACUACCCCAUCAUGAACGUCCACGAGAGGACGCUCAGCGUCCUGGCUUGUCGAUACGUCUUCGAGGUGGUGAUCGGCGCUCCGUUUGCGGUCACAAAAGAUCUGCUGGAUCAUUUGAAGGUGGACCUUGUAUGCCACGGAAAGACGCAUAUAUACCCAAGCAAAGAUGGAUCCGACCCCUAUGCCGUGCCCAGAAAGCAAGGGAUCUUGCGCACCGUCGACAGCGGGAACGUCCUCACCACAGACGCCAUUGUGCAGAGAAUAACUAAAAACAGGCUGCUUUUCCAAGCCAGGAACCAGAAGAAGGAGGCCAAAGAGAUCGCCGUGAUCGAGGCCAUGCAGCGACACCAAGUAGCGGACCAGUGAUGGAGGCCAGGCUGUGUUGUGGAUACGGAAUGAAUCGAAAGUCAUGGAGAGAAAAAGAAAAGCGGGAUGGAAUCAUGUGCAGUAGAUCCUGCUGCCUGUUUUCCUUCGUCUCGUCUAUAGCUCAUGUAUAGACAAGAAAAUGUUUCAAAUGCUUCUAUAUUUUUCUUGCCUGCCGAUUAUGAUUUCAAAGUGUUUUAAGAUGGGAUUCGGACUUGCAAGGGGCAAGAGGGGGAGGACUUUUAAUUGCGGGACUGAACCGUAGCAAGGCAGGGAUGUACUUGCAACAAGAAGCUCUGAUGGACCUCAUGGGAUCCUCCGUAUCGGACUACACUGACAUUUCACUCACCCUCUUCCCUGUUGGAGUUUAUUUCCCUGAAACUAAAACCACUACCACUACAACUCCACUGUGGAGAGUUGACGUUUCACUUUCAGGGAACACUUUUUCCCCAUCAGGGGUCAUUUUAGUGUGUAUCAACUCCUCCCGUGGGUCAUAAUACAUUUAUGAAAAGGACACAUAAUGCUCUGAUGGUUUUACAAUUUUCCCCCAGUAUGAAAUGGGAGUGAAUAUUUUAUUUUUGGUAGUAUAUUAUACUCAUUAUCUAUCUCGCUGUAUGACUUAAUGUAUAUAUGUGUACAUUAAAAACCGAAUAACAUGCCUGUAUAUCCAUUUGGGAUGUGUAGGCAAUAAUGUCAUACAAACUGGACUGCAGUAUAUAUUUACUGUUGACAAUAACAACAUGAUUUCAUCAACUUAUCAUUUGUGGGACUUUGUUUUAUUAUUAUGUUAUGACCUUUAGUCAGGGGCGGUACGUGG